AACAAAUACAUCAGUUUUUUCAAAACGAUAGAUUUAGAAUGGCAAACCUUUCCACCAAAUAAUUCUCCUGGAUUAAUUGACAAGGACUUCCGAAUUCUUCAAUUAUAUUGUGAGUGUGGAAACAGGCGCCAAGUCUCUGAAAAAAAAACAUCUGGGCACACUUGGUACUGAUCGGUCGACCGUUGCAAACAAGGGGCUGAAACAGGUUCUCGGCGUAGCUUUUCGCUGCAGCGCCACUGCUGCCACGGCGUAUUCGGUUGGCUCGCUUUGAAAAGUGCAGAUCACCAGUGAACGACGACGCGCGCGGGUGGUUCCGAAAUUGUUGUGCUCGUACGCGGCAGUGAUUGAUGUUCUGAGCGACGGUAGUGAAUCGGUUACAAGGCUCAGUAACCGAACCGUUAUUCUACGGGAGAAAGCGUGAAAGAUAUGACUUGAAGUUUGAUCGGUAGUGCACAGUGUAAAAUGGCCGGGCAAAAAUUUUUCCACGGCCUCACAGAGGCAAUGAUAAAUCGGGCCUCGGACCGACCCGACAGGCAGAAAUCUAGCUUUUAUUGGCCAGAUGAGUACCAGGAGGAUCCACAAGAAGCAUACAAAACCAGUAGCCGAAGACAAUCAACUGCAUCUUCGACACCCAGCAAGGGAUGUGCUAGUCCUGCCAGUGAAUUGGACACAGGUGAAGUUAUAAAGCAGCAGCGACAUCGAGGCAAUGUCCGAUCGAACAUUCAAUUCAGCGACGAUUGUGAUUCCUCGUUUUCCCAGUUAGAACGCGAUAGACAAACUGAAAAGUUAAGAAUAGCAGCAUUCCUCCGUGAGCAAUGUGACGACGUCAGUGAGGCAGCAAAAACACGCCGUCAGAACACGUUAAAGUCCAAUUUUCAUUUUUACGAUUUUGAUGAUACGCCGGAUGGGAAAUCUGCUCAAAGCCCCCCACCCAAACCAACGAACGGUUACCAACGAUCAGCACCAACUCCAGAUCCCGAAGAUCCGUUAAGAUCCAGCCCGUUACCCAACGGCAAUGGAGGCACAACUCGAAGACAGCAGUACUCGCCGGCUUCUUCCGAGUACCACUAUUCAGCUCGUUACACCGGAAGCUAUGAGGACUUUGAGGACGAUCGAAGCUUCAAAUCAAAUGACUUCAACUAUGGCAACUUUAGCCCGCCAGGAACCCCAUCGGGAGGCGAGGUUCCGGAAUACAAGCGAAAUUCACAGCGCCAUCUGCGGUCCAGCAUUAAUUUCCACAAUGGAGCAGCGAUGGCCGAUGACGAGGCCAGUGCCGAGCGGAAACCAGUAACCGUGCGCGAUUCUGCAACGGGGCGCGUAGGAGUGGGAUUACCAAAUUUGUAAAUAUAAAUAAUGACAGACAGCUCUGCCGGCUGCUGCGAUCGGACCAAGUGCGAGUGAGUGAAUCUGAAGCGUGGUGAGCUAAUAGGGUGAUAUGCGCGGCAGACAUUUUUGUUGACAACCCACUCUUACUAGUUUUGUUGUUAUUGUUUGUCGCGGAUGAUAGGAAUGUAGACCGUGAGAAGGACACACAUAUGGGGAAGAAAGCGGAAAUAUCUAAUGACCAGUGCUUGUUCUUACUGCUUACAAAUUAAGAAUUUUCGGACCACGAACGGGCCCGGGUGAACUGCGCCCCAAAGUUUUUGUUUGGAAGGAACAAACAUCACUAUAUUUGUAUUGUGAAUAACCUUACUGGAGAACCUAGAGGUUCAGCAAGCUGAAACUAAAUUAUAAUAAAACAAAAUGGCUUAUGCAA